AUGACGAGGAUGGAGCGAUGGCACGUUGCGCUGGUGGCGCUUGCAGCACUCGCCGGGGCACGAUUAUCUGCCACCGCCGAGCAAAUGCAGUCCCGCGCCGUCGAUACCGGCGUUGAUUUUAGCGUGCCUGAAGAUCAACCCGUAGGAACUAUCGUGGGAAUGAUACCCAUUAAGCCUGGAUUCACUUACCGUUUCAAUGAACCACCAAAAGAGUUCAUUUUAGAUCCCCUCUCUGGCGAAAUUAAGACAAACGUCGUCCUUGAUAGGGAGACUGUGGAUCGCUAUGCUUUUGUUGUGUUAUCGAGUCAACCGACCUAUCCAAUUGAAGUGAGACUGAGAGUUAUAGACGUGAACGAUAACUAUCCUGAAUUCCCUGAACCUAGUAUCGCCGUAGCUUUUUCGGAAAGCGCAGCAGCCGGAACGAAACUGUUACUUGAUGCGGCUACUGAUAAGGAUUUGGGGGAAAAUGGAAUUACAAAUGACUAUAGAAUAAUCGACGGCGACAACGAAGGAAAAUUCCGUUUGAAUGUUACUGUGAAUCCGAGUGGGCAAACGUCUUAUUUACAUUUAGAAACGACGGGAAAAUUAGAUCGCGAGACAACAGAUUUUUAUAUUUUGAAUAUAUCGGCACGUGAUGGGGGAAGUCCGCCAAAAUACGGAUAUUUACAAGUUAAUGUGUCAAUUUUGGAUGUAAAUGACAACCCUCCUAUAUUUGAUCAGAGUGAUUUUUCAGUAUCUUUAAAUGAAAGUGUACCUCCAGGGACGACAGUUUUAAAAGUAACAGCUACGGAUAGCGAUUUGGGUGACAAUAGUAAAAUUACAUACGAAGUGACUGAUACAGAAAAACAGUUUGCAGUGGAUCCAGAAUCUGGGGUUAUAACAACUACUAAAAAACUAAACUGUCCAAAAUAUUGCACUAACACAACUUGUAAUAUGACUUGCGUACUUACGAUAAUUGCUAAGGAUCACGGUGUGCCACGACAAGAUGCAAGAACAUACGUUACAGUAAAUCUUAUUGACGCAAAUGAUCAUGAUCCUGUGAUUACUUUUACAUAUGUCCCUCCAACGGCUAACUUUGCUACAGUUGAUGAAAAUGCAAAAAAUGGUUCUUUGGUGGCAGCUAUAACGGUUACAGAUUUAGACGCAGGUUUAAAUGGUAUUACCAGUAUAAGCAUAGUAGCAGGUAAUGAGCUCAACCAUUUUCGACUAGAAAAUUCUUCAAGUGUUUAUAUUGUUCACGUAAAUGGUGUUUUGGAUAGAGAAGAAAUAAGUAAGUACAAUUUAACUGUAGUUGCCAAGGAUGAAGGUACACCAUCAAGAACAUCUACCUCAUAUUUAGUAAUACAUGUUAAUGAUGUCAAUGACCAUGAGCCCGUGUUCGAAAAGUCUGAAUAUUCCACCAUUCUAAGCGAACUUGUCCCAUCAGGAACUUAUGUUGCUAGUAUUACUGCUACAGACGAAGAUAGCGGAGUAAAUGCUGAAAUUUAUUAUGAUUUUUAUGAUGGAAAUCAGCAACAGUGGUUUAUGAUUGACCACUUAACUGGAUUAGUUACUACGCAAUCCACACUGGAUCGUGAAAUUCAAGGAACAGUUGAACUUAAUGUUUCGGCUAGAGAUGGCGGUCCCAACCCAAAAUGGGCAUACACUAGGCUAAAAGUUACUAUAUUAGAUGAAAAUGAUAAAGCACCCACAUUUCCACAGUCACAAAUUAACGCAACUGUUUAUGAAAAUAUUAAACCCAUAAAAGAGAUCAUGAUAUUGACUGCUUCUGAUAACGACCAAGGUACAAAUGGAUCAGUUUCUUAUUAUUUAACACCAAACAUAGAAAGAAAAUAUCCAAAUACGUUCAUUUUAGAUCCUAUCACUGGGCAGUUAAGUGCUAUUGUCGAGUUAGACAGAGAAAAAAUUCCUAUGUAUGAAAUACAGGUCCUUGCCAAAGACCAAGGCUUUCCGCCUCAAUCAUCAACUGCUACAAUAUUUCUUAAAGUAUUGGAUGUUAAUGACAACUUCCCUAUUUUUUAUCCACAACGUUACAUAGAAACUAUUAAUGACGAGGUCCCUAUUGGUACAAAUAUUUUGCAUAUAAAAGCAUUCGAUUUAGACGAAGGAGAUAAUGCAAAAAUAAUGUACAAACUAGAAAGUGGUGGUAACGAAUACUUUGACGUAGACCCGAUGACAGGGUAUAUUACACUGCAAAAAGAUUUCCGAAAAUCUCCAUAUAAUUCAUACACUUUAAAUAUAUCAUGUAAAGAUAAAGGCAAUAAAAGAGCUCGUGAGAAUGCAAUUGUAGAAAUUGUGAAAUCUUCUCAUCAAAAAAGCAUCAAAUUUGAUGGAUACAAUGGUUAUCGCUUCAAAAUUGUAGAAGAUGAAGGGACAUCUAAGCCAGAUCUUGGGCGCUUUGUAGGAAAAGUUAAUGCGAAAAUUUCAAGUGAUACGUUAUCAUAUUUUAUUAUCGAAGGUGACCCUAAACGAAUUUUUAUAAUUGAUGAACGAAGUGGUAUUAUAACUACAAAUUCAAAUGUAGAUAGAGAAGAUAAAAUGACUUACAGUUUAAAAGUAAUGGCUAAGAGUGGGGUCUCCUUUGGUUUCACAACCGUUAACAUAUCAGUGCUGGAUGUAAAUGAUAAUUACCCAUCAUUCAUUGAAGACAAAGAUGAAGUUCAUAUUCCGGAAAACAUGGCAGUUGGACAAGAAGUUUACUUUGCAAGAGCUAUAGAUCGUGACUCUGGAUCUAACCGCACAAUAUUUUAUAGCUUGAGCAACAGUGAUAACAGUUUCAGAAUAUCAGAAACCACAGGAGUAAUUUAUUUGAAUAAACCUAUCUCCGGUGAACCCGGUUUUGUUAUGAAUAUAGAGGUUACCGCUGCUGACAACGGAAAUCCUUCACUUGCUACGAAACAUACAGUAUCCGCUAUAAUCUAUGAUGUUAAUGAUCAUACGCCUGUUUUUGAUCACACCUCAUAUGAGACCUCUUUGUUAGAAUCAACGCUAGUCAACAGCAGAUUUUUUGCAGUAUCUGCUUCAGAUGCUGAUUUAGGAUUAAAUGGCCAAGUUUCAUAUUCAAUAAUUGAAGGCAAUACCGAUGGAAAGUUUGGCAUUUUCCCUGAUGGGUUUCUGUAUGUAAAAAGUACUCUAGAUCGAGAAGAAAAAGAUUAUUAUUCUUUAACACUGAUGGUGUCUGACCAUGGUACACCUCCUAGGUCAUCUCAAGUUCCUCUAGUCAUACAUGUCUUAGAUGAAAACGACAAUAGUCCACAAUUUACAAACACAACUUUUGUCUUCAAAAUAAAGGAAAAUGAACCACCCGAUACAUUCGUUGGUAAAUUAACAGCAACUGAUAAAGAUAUAGGACGUAAUGCAGAACUAACUUUCAGUUUACCUGUAGCACAAAGCGACUUCCGGAUUGAUUCCAGGAAUGGAUUUAUAAAAACUCUGAAAUCGUUUGAUCGUGAAAGCAUAGCUCACAGUACAGGUCAAAAUUUUAUUACGUUGACAGUUACAGUGAGUGACAACGGCAAACCAAAACUAUCCGACUCAGUCAGAGUUACGAUUUAUAUAACUGAUGUCAAUGAUAACGCUCCGAUAUUUAUGAGAACACCAUACAAAGUCGAAGUCUCAGAAGGAGCUGCAGUGGGUGCCUCAAUUAUGCGUGUAUAUUCAACGGAUGCAGAUGAAGGUCUCAAUGGUGACAUUUACUAUAAACUGACUGGUGGCGAUGAUAUGGGUCAGUUUUCAUUAGACGAAGCAACAGGACAGCUUUUUAUAAGUAAACCUUUAGAUCGUGAGACUAUCGACAGAUAUCAACUUACAGUUUUGGCUCAUGAUUAUGGUCAAUUAGUUCAACUGUCCGUUUCUACUACCAUAACAAUUGAUGUUCUGGACGAAAACGACAACGCACCUGUUUUUUCUCAGUCAAAUAUGAAAGUGUCAGUCUUAGAAACUGAACCAAUAAAUAAGAAAAUUUGUCAGUUUCAUGCUACCGAUGCUGACUUAGGAGUUAACAGUGAGUUGCAAUUUUCUAUUACGUCUGGAAAUAGAAAGGAUGCAUUUUUUAUUGACAGUUAUUCAGGUGAGCUUUUCUUACACAAACAACUGGAUUAUGAAGAUUUAACCUCAUACGUCUUAGUUAUUACGGCGACAGAUAAUGGCAACCCAAACUUGUAUUCAAGUAUUUCAUUUACGGUGAACGUUAUAGAUGCCAAUGAUAAUGCACCAGUAUUUACUAAUACUGCAAUUGUACGUCAAAUUAGAGAAGGAAUUCCGAAACAUACACCUAUAGUUACGGUAACUGCAGAAGACCCAGAUUCUGGUUUGAAUGGGAAAGUUUAUUAUUCUAUCACAAGACAAGAUCCAAUAGACAGGAAACGCCAUUUCGCUAUAAAUAAUGUCACUGGGGUAAUACACACAUUAUUAUCAAUUGACAGAGAAAGCAUUGAUACAUUUCGAAUUACUGUAGUUGCUUAUGAUCGCGCCGAGCCACCUUCAACGAGAUUAUCAGCAGAGAAGUUAGUGACUGUUAUUGUUGAAGAUAUUAACGAUAACGCACCCGUUUUUGUAUCCAUGAACGCUGCAGUCAUAAAUAUGGACCGAAUGGGUAGAAGUGUUGGACGAGGUAUAUUUAUAAUGAAUGUUUUGGCACGAGAUUUAGAUUCUGGAACGAAUGGUCUGGUUACUUAUAAACUCAUACAUGGAGGAAGCGAUCUUUUUGAUUUACAUAGGAGUAACGGUGCUCUAGUUUUACGGUAUCCUCCGUCAGUGCCUGAAGCUAGGUGGAGUUUAGUUAUUAAAGCUACGGAUGAGGCAGUGUUAAGUGAACAGAAAAGUACUGAAACAUACCUUAGUGUUAUUUUGGGUGGAACAGAGUUAGAAGGUGUUACCUGGACAAACGUGAAAUCAGUUUCUGUGGCUGAAAACGAGCCGGCAGGAACUGCUGUGCUAAAUUUAACAAAUAAUUAUAAAUCUGUAUUAGAGUAUUACAUAGUGAAUGUGACUGGCGAAGGUAAACAAGUGGACCGUUUGUUCGAUAUAGAUUCGUCGUUAGGAAUUUUAUCUACGGCUGUUUCUUUGGAUCGUGAGUCUGGUGCAGACAGAUAUGAAGUGGAAAUUUGCGCAGUGUCAUCCGGGACGCCGCUCAAGAGUACAAAAACUAAGGUAUGA